AAACUAUGUCUGUGUGUUGCUAAGAGACCGGGCUGCCACAAGCCUGGAGGAGGCGUUCUCCUGCCUCUUUUCGCUUUCUGGAUCCGCUUCAGCAUCUCCAAAAGUCGGGUGAUCAUGUCCGACGGCGAAGCUGAUACCUUGCGAAGCACCUUUCCCUCUUACAUGGCAGAGGGCGAGAGGUUGUAUCUGUGCGGGGAGUAUUCUAAGGCCGCCCAGAGCUUCAGCAACGCUCUUCACCUUCAAAGCGGAGAUAAGAACUGUCUGGUUGCCCGCUCAAAGUGCUACCUGAAGAUGGGAGACUUGGAGAAAUCCUUGAAUGAUGCUGAGGCCUCACUCCAGAAUGACCCAACUUUCUGCAAGGGGAUUUUACAGAAGGCUGAGACUCUGUACACCAUGGGAGACUUUGAGUUUGCCUUGGUGUUCUAUCAUCGAGGCUACAAACUGAGACCUGAUCGGGAAUUCAAAGUUGGAAUUCAGAAAGCCCAAGAAGCCAUCAACAACUCAGUGGGAAGUCCUUCUUCAAUUAAGCUGGAGAACAAAGGAGAUCUCUCCUUCUUAAGCAAACAAGCUGAGAGUAAGAGAGCCCAACAGAAGCCUCUACCUGUGAAGCAACUCAUAUACAGCACCAAGCGCGAAAGCAAGCGAAAGGGCUCGCUCAAGAGUGAGAAGACGGUCCGGCAGCUGCUGGGGGAGCUGUACGUGGACAAGGAGUACCUGGAGAAGCUCCUCCUGGAUGAAGACCUCAUCAAAGGCACCAUCAAGGGUGGCCUGACCGUGGAGGACCUCAUCAUGAGUGGCAUCAACUACCUGGACACCCGGAGCAACUUCUGGAGGCAGCAGAAGCCCAUCUAUGCCAGGGAACGGGACCGGAAGCUGAUGCAAGAGAAGUGGCUGAGGGACCGGAAGCGCAGCCCCUCGCAGACAGCCCACUACAUCCUCAAGAGCCUGGAAGACAUUGACAUGUUGUUGACCAGCGGCAGUGCUGAAGGGAGCCUGCAAAAGGCCGAGAAAGUACUUAAGAAGGUUCUGGAAUGGAACAAAGACGAGGUGCCAAACAAGGAUGAACUUGUUGGGAACUUGUACAGCUGCAUAGGUAACGCCCAGAUUGAGCUGGGGCAGAUGGUGGCCGCCUUGCAUAGCCACAGAAAGGACCUGGAGAUCGCCAAGGAAUAUGACCUUCCAGAUGCAAAAUCAAGAGCCCUUGACAAUAUUGGCAGAGUUUUUGCCAGAGUUGGGAAAUUCCAGCAAGCCAUUGACACGUGGGAGGAGAAGAUUCCUCUAGCCAAAACCACCCUAGAGAAAACCUGGCUGUUCCAUGAGAUCGGACGCUGUUACCUGGAGCUGGAACAGGCAUGGCAGGCCCAGAGCUAUGGUGAAAAGUCUCAGCAGUAUGCCGAGGAGGAAGGGGACCUGGAAUGGCAGCUGAAUGCCAGUGUUCUGGUGGCACAGGCCCAAGUGAAGCUCAGAGACUUCGAGUCAGCCGUGAACAACUUUGAGAAGGCCCUGGAGAGAGCCAAGCUGGUCCACAACAACGAGGCGCAGCAGGCCAUCAUCAGUGCCUUGGACGACGCCAAUAAGGGCAUCAUCGACGAACUUAAGAAAACUAACUACAGGGAGAUACUCAGGGAAAAGGCGGAGAAACAGGAGGUCACUGCACUGGUGGAGUUGCCCGUAGCUGUCCCCGAGAAGGAGCCGAGGCGAGUGCGUGAGGUGGACAAUGCGGUGAAACAGUGGGAAAGGGAGAGCGAGAGAGACACCACCGACGACGACGAGGGGCAGAAGCAGGCCCUGCAGAGGACAGAGGACAGCAGAAAAGUGCUGGAGGACAGUCGGUCGUCCAACGGCAGGCUCUCGGAAGAGGAAGACUCGGACCAGACAGCCUCGGACAGUGUGAGCCUAAGGGACCUAAAACUAGAGAAGAGAAUGGAAGAAGAAGCCAGAAGGGAGGAUGAAGGGCUGGAGAAGUCGGAGGAAGAGGAGGACUCAAAGACUGAAACGCUUACUUAACAAACGGGAAAGGAAUGAAGGCUUGCCUAAUAGGACUUAGGUUCAGGACAGUGUUCCCAGGUGAGACGUUUUUGGUAGGAAAAAAAAAAACCUGGGAGUCUGCCGCCUACAAGUCAUCCCACCGCCCUGUUUUCUCAUUAAAUGUGUGUCUUAAUUUUGCAAA